CAUGUAGCGACAGGCUCUUCAUAUCACGCUACACAGCGGAGAGGAAACUCCACUCUUCAGGUGCUGUGCAGUCACUGCCGGCGUGGAAGAACGUUGUUCGUUGUCCUGGGGUUGAAGAUAAUGGCUGACAGCCAAGAUCCCGGUGAGGUCCUCAGCCUCCUGUCCACUGCAGGCCAGACAGAAAGCCCCAAGGAGGAAGAGAGCCAGAGCUCGCUGCACUGCAGGGUGUGUGUGGCUGGUCCUACUCCAUGUGAAAAUGGGAAGAAAUGUUACAGAGGAUCAACACCUGAUCUGUUGUCUUCUGUCCCCGUGCAGACCGUGAACAAGUACAACACUCAGUACCACAAGCUGUUCCAGUGUCUCCCCAAGGAGGAGGUGUUGAUGAAAGUGUAUUCUUGUGCUCUGCUUCGAGAUAUACUUCUACAAGGUCGGCUCUACAUCUCCAAGAACUGGCUCUGUUUCCACGCCAACCUCUUUGGGAAAGACAUCAAGGUUGCCAUCCCGGUGGUGUCGGUCCUGCUGGUAAAAAAGCACAAAACAGCAGGCCUGGUCCCCAACGGACUCGCUAUAACCACUGAAUCCAGUCAAAAGUACUUGUUUGUGUCUCUGCUGUCCAGGGAUAGUGUUUACGAUGUGUUGAGACGGGUGUGCACACAUUUACAGGUCAAUGGGAAAAAGAUUUUGAGCAUUAAGCAGUACACAGAGGAGCCAAGCGCCUUAUCCCUGCUCCUUCCGCACGAUGAGUUCCCCACGCCAGACGAGUUCCCCCCUGUUCUGAAAUGGAGGCGGAAACCCUCGACAGCCUCUAUCGCCUCCUCCCUGCCCGACAUCCUGGGCAACUCCACCAGCAGCCUCAGCGCUGUGGACGCCUCCUUCCAGAGCGACAGCACCACGCAAGAAAGAAGCCUGGAGACGGAGGAGGUUGUGAUGGUGGAGCCCGUACCUGAACUGGGACAAAUGGAGUAUCAGCUACUCAAAUUCUUCAUUCUGCUAAUCGUUCUCCUGAUCUGCUCUUCCUGUUACCUGGCGUUCAGAGUUUCCAGUCUGGAGCAUCAGCUCUCCUUUUUAAAUACAAAUCCUCUCCUGCCAGCCAAUGAAAGGUAACCGGUCCUGCACAUCCACCUAUCCAACUCCUGAAGAUCAGACGGUACACACAUUCCCAAGACAUUCCUGUCUGUUACAGUCAGAACACCAGAAAAGGAAACGCUAUAAGAAACACAGCUGUUAAAAGCCUCUGCUAGGUUGUAGUGGAUCAUGGUCAAUAAAAAGAAAUCUCAUCAGGAUGUGAAAAUCUUAUACCCGAAUCUAACUGAAAUCUGUUUUAUUAGGCUGGAAAAGGGCCAGAGCUCAUGAGGGCACAGGGCUUGAAAUCCAGCUCACCUACUGAAUACGCUGAAGUUUACGCUACAGGACAAUCUACAGGAAAAUGAAUUGCUGGCCAGGAUUUUAGACCCCUUGAAGCCGUUGCUGAAUCCCCUGCUGUAGCAAUCUAGCCAGGAUGCAAUCUAAUAUACUGCUAUUCAGUCUAAUUCAUGCAACUGCAAAGGAGGUAUUCCUCAUUCGUUUUCCAUGUAGUGUGUCCUCCUUGCUUCUCUGGACCCUCCUUCCUCUACACACAAGAUUCAGCUUCCCUAGUCCAAGGCACACAGUCUGAUGCAAUUUGACAGUGGGUCCCAUGAGUACCUCUGCCAGGUUGAUUACAUGAUCCUCCAUCACACACUUGAACACUCCACAUUCUUCAGCCGUGGCUCGCCAAUACUUGAAAAUCAGAAGGCAAAUUGAAAUCCUGUCCAUGGCAGAACGAGAUGCGUGGAAUGGGAUUGUGGCUGACGCUAUACUGUUGUAAACAGUACCUGACUGAUAAAGCACAUUUAAGAAGAAGGACUGAAGAGAGCAAUUCUCAGACAUUACCUGGGAUGCUGACUGCAGUGGCACUGUAUCUUUUUCUGAGAUACAUCCAUUCCUAUGCAUGCAUGUGUGCAUAGAUUGAUUAACCUUACAGAAUAAUACCAGUGGGAUAAAAUUAUAGCACCAGUGUAUUACCCUGAAGAAACUAGCUGAACCAUUUUAACCAACAACAGCAUUACUAGCAAUGGCAACACAAUGGAACACACAUUGCACAGUGUUUCUGCUGGGCGAGCGCACCAUUGUGAUACCACUGCUCUGUGAAAAUAUGAGAGUGUUCUCUCUGUGCUACCAUUGAACCAUGCCUCAUACCACUGUAGCUUCCCACUGGCAUUGCACUAUUGUACCCUUAGGUCAGAACCAUUGCAUUCCAUUGUGGUUCAACUGGAAAGAUUUAAUUUAUAGAACUAAUGUGGUAGACAGAUUUGUAGUUCAUCGUGAAAAAAAUCCCAUAGUGAAAAUAUACAUAUUUUUUGAGCACUUAAAAAAAAAAAUACAGCAAAUGUUUGUUUAGUGAUGCACUAGCUGUCACAUUUAGGAACCUGGCAGCCGGUUUAGUUUGCUUCCAGUAAGUGAUUGAACACGUUGCAUAGAGCCUGCACAAUUUCUUUAAAAUGUCUUCAAUGAAAAAGUUACCGGCUGCAUCAAAGAACGGAAAUAUUUCUGCUAAAGAUUGCUAUGUACACUACAAGAAAGGGACAUUUUGGUGUUAUUUUCAAUAUUGAUUUAUGGUUUAUUAUUAUUAUUUUAUUUUGAUAAUUCACUGGUGGUGAAAAUAGAAUGCCUUUUAAAAGGUGGACAUAAAAAAAAAUCCCUAAAAUAUUCGUCAAUUUAGCAUUUACUGUUGUUCCGAUAAGUAUUAUGUAUUUAAGAACAUUUAUUUUGUAUAAUAACUGUAGAGAGAAAUGAUCAAUUGUCAAUGUGACAGCACCAUCUUCUGUAAUAAAUAUUAUGUUUAAUCAUGUAAUAUCUAUUUUUAAACUGCAAUGUGCAGUGAAAUAAGCCAUUUUUUAAGGUUACAACAAUACAGCCCAGUUUAUAAGAUUUAAAUGCACCAUUUCACUGUUGGCACCACUAUUGUAAGAGUACACCUAACUGGGCAUUUAACUGGGUACAUUAAUACUCUACACAUUUAAUAAACAAAUUCAUCAGUCAUGGUCAUCAUUUCAAUUAUUCUAAUCCAUUUUCUUAUGAGCUUGAGUAACUUUAUCACUGGUCCACUUUUUUCAUUGUGAUUUAAAUAAACUUUUAGAAAUUAUAUAUAUAUUUUUUCAAUUCAGGAUAUUCGGAUUUUUCUAGUACAAGCAACAAAUCAUCUUGUUUCUUUCCUGGUGCUGUAGGUCACAAGAAUGUGUGCUACCAGAAAGCACCAGCAACGUUUUGUAUUUGAAACAUCUGCAUAUCCAAAAAUUCAUUCGAGCUUCUGCCGUACACAAAACCAUGAAUUAUGGAGGAAGUAUAAGACAUGUAUUGUGAGACUCCAGCCUGAACACUGUAGUUGUGCAUAGGAUGUAUGACAUUGAGAGAAACGAGAUGUACAGUUUGCUUUAUAACAAUGUAUCUAUGUAUAGCAUUUUUUGUAUUUAAACUGGGCGGUGUUUUGUGUCUGUCAAGGAACAUUUAGUUAUUGUUCUUCUAAACAGAUUGCUUCUAGGUUUGUAUUUGACUACAGUGUGUGACUUGCAGAAUUGUCGAGUAAUAAACAGCCCAGCCAUCCUG